CACAUCAAACAAAACAAAAAGAGUCACACUCACACCAUUGGUUAGUAUAGUAACCAAAAUAGAGAGAAAGCUAAACCAGAAGAAAAAAUGGAAGUGAGUUUAGCUUCAACAUGUAUGCCACUGAGCUUCAAUUCGAACAAGAAGACACUGUUAAAGCAUAAUCAUAACAAUAACAUUUUUCACUCUCAAAUUCCCACCUUCAAAGUUUCAACCAAACCUCUUUUCAUCGUUAACGCAUCAAAUAGACCCACUUUAUCCUCUAAUUGGAUCGUUAACAAUGAUUUUUCUGCAGCAAAAACCUCUUCUCCAUGGCUUCCCAAAUUCGAAGAACUCGAUACUACCAACAUGCUUCUCCGUCAAAGGAUUGUCUUUCUGGGUUCUCAGGUGGAUGAUAUGAUUGCAGAUUUUAUAGUUAGUCAGCUUUUGUUUUUGGAUGCUGAGGAUCCUAAGAAAGACAUCAAGUUGUUUAUUAAUUCACCUGGUGGUUCUGUUACUGCUGGAAUGGGAGUUUAUGACGCCAUGAAGUUAUGCAAGGCAGAUAUUUCAACCGUUUGCUUUGGACUUGCAGCAUCCAUGGGUGCAUUUCUCCUUGCUGCUGGUACAAAAGGGAAGAGGUAUUGUAUGCCGAACGCCAGAGUUAUGAUCCAUCAACCGCUGGGAGGUGGUAGUGGAAGAGUUACAGAAAUUAGCAUCCGUGCAAGAGAAAUGGUAUAUCAGAAGGUUAGAUUAAACAAGAUACUAUCAAGAAUUACAGGAAAGUCUGAAGAGCAGAUUGAUUUGGACACAUUUCGUGAUAAUUUUAUGAAUCCUUGGGAAGCGAAGGAAUACGGUUUGGUUGAUGAUGUUAUUGAUGACGGAAAACCAGGAUUAGUUGCUCCAAAUGCCGAUCCAACACCACCUCCAAAACUGAAACAGAAUAAAUGGGAAGUUCCAGAAAACUUUAAAGUUACGAAGAAAUUGCCCUCAGAGGAAACACUAACUGAUGUAUGAGUUAAAGGAUUGCAUUGCUUUCAUACUCAAAAACAGAUCUAUCACCUCCAACAAGUAUUAAAGGGAUUUUUCAAUUUGUCAUAGCAGUUACAUUUCAUGUAAAAAUCAAGACUGUAUAUUAGAUAUCAAAACAUAUAUUGUAUGCUUCAAGUGUUAGAUUUCUUAAUGAAUAUAUUUUCUUCUA